UAUAAAAAUACAAACAGCAAAAAGCGAAUUCCCAUUGGAAAAACAGACUGAACUUUAGGGAGGGAGGGGGGGAUCAAAGUCGUUCUCCUAAGUCCUAAGGUCUAGACCAUUCUCCCCGAGUUGGACCCUUCCUUUCCCCAGCUCUUUAUAUUUCCCACCAGUCAUCAGUCAGCUUUUCUCAUCGAAGUAGUGAUCUCCAACACCAGGGAUCCAACGAAAUUAACAGACAAGUUGGAGAUAAAAUGGAAGAAGAACAGCAGUUAACCAGAUGGGAAGGCUACGUGGACUGGAGGAGAAGACCUGCUCUCAGAGGCCGGCAUGGCGGCAUGCUUGCCGCUUCUUUUGUAUUGGUGGUGGAGAUAUUGGAGAACCUAGCAUAUUUAGCGAAUGCAAGCAAUUUGGUGCUGUAUCUAUCAGAAUACAUGCACUUCUCUCCCACCAAAUCGGCCAACAAUGUCACCAAUUUCAUGGGGACGUCUUUCCUUCUGGCUCUCCUUGGAGGCUUUCUAUCCGACGCCUUUUUCACCACUUAUCACAUCUACCUGAUAAGUGCAGUUAUUGAAUUCCUGGGCUUGGUUGUACUUACUGUGCAAGCAAGGUCACCUUCCCUAAAGCCAUCAGCAUGUGACCCAGCCAACCUCAACAUUCCUUGCCAGGAAGCUCAUGGAGGAAAAGCUGCAAUGCUGUUCCUAGGUCUGUAUCUGGUGGCCCUAGGCGUUGGAGGAAUAAAGGGAUCACUGCCAGCACAUGGGGCUGAGCAAUUUGAUGAGGACACACCACAGGGAAGGAAGCAGAGAUCAACCUUCUUCAACUACUUUGUAUUCUGUCUCUCAUGCGGCGGCCUUAUUGCAGUAACAUUGGUAGUGUGGAUUGAAGACAAUAAGGGGUGGGAAUGGGGUUUUGGAAUCUCUACCAUUAGUAUCCUUUUAUCCAUCCCACUCUUCCUAGCCGGUUCGGCUACUUACAGGAACAAAAUACCUUGUGGAAGCCCACUUACAACCAUUCUCAAGGUUUUGGUUGCUGCCACACUCAACAGCUGCAUAAGCAGAAGCCCGAAAGGCUGCAUAAGCAGAAGCCCGAGCAAUGCUGUUGCAAGCAUGGCCACAAGCCCUUCCUCACCAACUUUUACCAGCAAGGAAGCUGAAGAGAAUGCCAAAACAAGGGAGUCUACUGAUGCUCCAACAGAAAGCUUCAAAUUCCUAAACAUAGCGGCGGUAGACAACCCAGUCCACAAAGCACUACAAUGCACGAUGCAGCAGGUAGAAGACGUCAAAAUUGUGCUAAAACUAUUCCCCAUAUUUGCCUGCACCAUAAUGCUGAACUGCUGCCUAGCUCAGCUCUCCACGUUUUCAGUCCAACAAGCUGCAACAAUGGACACCAAGCUCGGUUCCUUAAAAGUCCCACCGGCCUCGCUUCCCAUUUUCCCUGUAACCUUCAUCAUGAUUCUUGCACCAGUUUAUGACCAUCUCAUCAUCCCGUUCGCUCGAAAAGUAACCAAAUCCGAAAUGGGAAUCACUCAUCUCCAACGGAUUGGAAUCGGUUUAGUUCUUUCGAUUAUAGCCAUGGCGACGGCAGCUCUUGUCGAGAUAAAGCGGAAGAGAGUGGCCACCAACUCGGGCCUACUAGACUCUGAGCAUCCAUUACCCAUCACCUUCUUUUGGAUUGCUUUCCAGUAUUUGUUCCUUGGGUCUGCAGAUCUCUUCACCUUGGCCGGGUUGCUGGAAUUUUUCUUUACAGAGGCACCUUCGAGUAUGAGAUCCCUGGCUACAUCUUUUUCCUGGGCUUCUUUGGCCGUGGGGUACUACCUCAGCUCCGUCAUUGUAUCCAUUGUUAACAAUGUCACAGGCAUCUCCAAGCACAGGCCCUGGCUUUCCGGCAGCAACUUGAAUCAUUUUCAACUGGAACGAUUCUACUGGCUGAUGUGCGUGCUGAGCGCCUUGAAUUUCUUGAACUACCUUUUAUGGGCAAUCCGUUACAAAUACAGAUCAACCGGAGCAAACAAGUAAAUUAAAGAAAGUUAAAGCCACAUAGAUGAAACAACACGGCCUGUUUGUACAUAGAUGGUCAUCUAAACGUGUCAAAGCAACCGUCUUGGUUGUACCUUAUAUGCCAAGCCGCUAUAUUUUCCUUGCUAAUUUCCUGGCAGGGCGAGGAAGAGAGCAAAAUAUUGGGUAAUUGAAUCGGUGGUAGUGCAGAGAAAGUGAUAGAUUUCCAGUACUUUUUGUAAUCAUCAGUUCAGCUGUAAUAGUAUGGAUAUAGUGACAAGUUAUUUUGCAAAA